AUGAAGAUCCAAAAGCAGCUCAAGGAGACCCAAAAGCAGCUCAAGACCCAAAACCAUCUCAAGGAGAUCCAAAAGCAGCUCAAGGAGACCCAAAACCAUCUCAAGAAGAUCCAAAAGCAGCUCAAGGAGACCCAAAAGCAGCUCAAGGAGACCCAAAAGCAGCUCAAGGAGACCCAAAAGCAGCUCAAGAAGACCCAAAACCAUCUCAAGGAGACCCAAAAGCAGCUCAAGGAGAUCCAAAACCAUCUCAAGGAGACCCAAAAGCAGCUCAAGGAGACCCAAAACCAUCUCAAGAAGACCCAAAAGCAGCUCAAGGAGAUCCAAAACCAUCUCAAGGAGACCCAAAAGCAGCUCAAGGAGAUCCAAAAGAGACCCAAAACCAUCUCAAGGAGACCCAAAAGCAGCUCAAGGAGACCCAAAAGCAGCUCAAGGAGAUCCAAAACCAUCUCAUGAAGAUCCAAAAGCAGCUCAAGGAGACCCAAAAGCAGCUCAAGGAGACCCAAAAGCAGCUCAAGGAGACCCAAAAGCAGCUCAAGGAGACCCAAAACCAUCUCAAGGAGACCCAAAAGCAGCUCAAGGAGACCCAAAAAGCAGCUCAAGGAGAUCCAAAAGCAGCUCAAGGAGACCCAAAAGCAGCUCAAGAAGAUCCAAAAGCAGCUCAAGGAGACCCAAAAGCAGCUCAAGAAGAUCCAAAAGCAGCUCAAGACCCAAAACCAUCUCAAGAAGAUCCAAAACCAUCUCAAGGAGACCCAAAAGCAGCUCAAGGAGACCCAAAAGCAGCUCAAGGAGACCCAAAACCAUCUCAAGGAGACCCAAAAGCAGCUCAAGAAGACCCAAAAGCAGCUCAAGGAGACCCAAAAGCAGCUCAAGGAUGAGGAUGGAGAUGAAGAGGAAGGUCCCAUGGCCACCAAGAGCCAUCCCUGGAGCAGAGAAACCAAAGAGGAUCAGGAGAGAAGCUCCCAGGAGGUCCACCAGGGCCUGAAGGAUCUCCAGCAGGAGCUCAAGGAGGUCCACCAGGGGCUGAAGGACCUCCCAAGGGGACCUCAGGAGGCCACCAAGGGCCACCAAGAGAUCACCAGGGACCACCAGAUGCCACCAAGUGCCACCAGAUGCCACCAAGGGCCACCAGAUGCCACCAAGGGCCACCAAGGGUCCACCAAGGGCCACCAGAUGCCACCAAGGGACCACCAAGGGCCACCAGAUGCCACCAAGGGUCCACCAAGGGACCACCAAGGGCCACCAGAUGCCACCAAGGGACCACCAGAUGCCACCAAGGGACCACCAAGGGUCCACCAAGUGCCACCAGAUGCCACCAAGGGACCACCAGAUGCCACCAAGUGCCACCAAGGGCCACCAGAUGCCACCAAAGGGCCACCAAGAGAUCACCAGGGACCACCAGAUGCCACCAAGUGCCACCAAGGGUCCACCAAGUGCCACCAGAUGCCACCAAGGGACCAACAGAUGCCACCAAGGGCCACCAGAUGCCACCAAGGGACCAACAGAUGCCACCAAGGGACCACCAAGAGAUCACCAGGGGCCACCAGAUGCCACCAAAGGGCCACCAAGAGAUCACCAGGGACCACCAGAUGCCACCAAGUGCCACCAAGGGUCCACCAAGGGCCACCAGAUGCCACCAAGGGACCACCAAGAGAUCACCAGGGACCACCAGAUGCCACCAAGGGACCACCAGAUGCCACCAAGAGGCCACCAGAUGCCACCAAGGGACCACCAGAUGCCACCAAGGGACCACCAAGGGUCCACCAAGGGCCACCAGAUGCCACCAAGGGCCACCAAGAGAUCACCAGGGACCACCAGAUGCCACCAAGGGUCCAGCAAGGGACCACCAAGGGCCACCAGAUGCCACCAAGGGACCACCAGAUGCCACCAAGGGACCACCAAGAGAUCACCAGGGGCCACCAGAUGCCACCAAAGGGCCACCAAGAGAUCACCAGGGACCACCAGAUGCCACCAAGUGCCACCAAGGGUCCACCAAGGGCCACCAGAUGCCACCAAGGGACCACCAGAUGCCACCAAGGGACCACCAAGAGAUCACCAGGGACCACCAGAUGCCACCAAGGGACCACCAGAUGCCACCAAGAGGCCACCAAGGGCCACCAGAUGCCACCAAGAGGCCACCAAGGGACCACCAAGGCCUUGGAGGUUGGGCAGGGGGCUGCCCCUGGCACUGUCCCCAACCUGCCACCACCGCUGGGCACCUUGGGGGGGGGCACUUGGGCCACCACCAGCUGCCACCCAAGGGUCACCAAGAGGUCACCCAGAGGCCACCAAGGGACCUCCAAGGACCACCAAGAGGCCACCAAGGACCACCAAGGGUCACCAAGGACCACCAAGGGUCACCAAGGGACCUCCAAGGGCCACCAAGAGGCCACCAGGUGCCACCAAGGGACCUCCAAGGACCACCAAGGGUCACCAAGGACCACCAAGGGACCUCCAAGGGCCACCAAGAGGCCACCAGGUGCCACCAAGGGUCACCAAGGACCACCAAGGGACCUCCAAGGGCCACCAAGAGGCCACCAGGUGCCACCAAGGGUCACCAAGGGACCUCCAAGGGCCACCAAGAGGCCACCAGGUGCCACCAAGGGUCACCAAGGGCCACCAACGGACCUCCAAGGACCACCAAGAGGCCACCAAGGACCACCAAGAGUCACCAAGGGACCUCCAAGGACCACCAAGAGGCCACCAAGGGUCACCAAGAGGCCACCAAGGACCACCAAGAGCCACCAAGGACCUCCAAGGGCUACCAAGGGACCUCCAAGGGCCACCAAGAGGCCACCAGGUGCCACCAAGGGUCACCAAGGGACCUCCAAGGACCACCAAGAGGCCACCAAGGGUCACCAAGGGCCACCAAGGACCACCAAGGGCCACCAAGAGGCCACCAAGGACCUCCAAGGGUCACCAAGAGGCCAUCAGAUGCCACCAGGGUGCCACCAAGGGCCACCAGGUGCCACCAAGGGGCCACCAAGGGUCACCAAGGGACCUCCAAGGGACCUCUAA